CCCAGCAUGGGAAGAGUUAAAAGUGUGACCAAGUGCUAUCUAUGAGACACUGAAUUCCUUUCCUAUGUGACUCAGCAGCCAGUAUGGGGCAGACCCUAUAUUUAGAAAACUGCUAAAGGUUUGCUGCUGACAGUUGUCCUGCCCCUUAGAGAAGAAGCCGCGGUGAGAGAGGAAGGGUGGCUGAUCUCUCGCACUAGCUGUGUCCCCUGUCAGGUUUUCUGCCCCAUCCACUGGACUCAGUCGCUGUGCCUCAGAUAACGAGUGACCAUUCUGCUGUCAGGAGAGCUCAAGACACAGAUGGCAGAUAUCUCCUUAGAGCAGGCCAUGGCAAGCAGCAAGGACUCAGACAGCGAGCAAGUGGUACCAGACGAAGAGGACAGACCAGAUGUGAAGACAGUGCAGGCUCGCUACCUCCGCAGUCCCUCCCCCAGCCGGUAUUCAGUGGUAUCAGACACAGACACAGAAAGCAUUUUCAUGGAGCCUAUCCACCUGUCCUCUGCGGUAGCUGCUAAACAGAUAAUCAGUGAAGAGCUGAAGACAAAGGAGGUCAAAGUGGAUUCAGAAUGUCUGGGGAUGUUGGAGUCUGCAGAGCAGCUGCUGGUGGAGGACCUGUACAACCGAGUGAAAGAAAAGAUCGAUGACACCAGCUUGUUCAACACACCGUGCGUGAUGGACUUGCAGAGGGCACUUAUGAAGGACAGGCUGGAGUCCCCCUGGGAUCCUGUGGAUGAAGUCUGGCCCAAUGUCUUUAUAGCAGAAAAGAGUGUGGCAGUGAACAAGGGCCGUCUGAAGAGGCUUGGGAUCACUCAUGUCCUGAAUGCAGCUCAUGGUACUGGGGUGUAUACAGGGCCAGAUUUCUACAAUGGUUUGAAUAUCCAGUACCUGGGCAUUGAGGUGGAUGAUUUUCCAGAUAUGGACAUUUCCAAAUACUUUCACCAGGCGGCAGAGUUCCUUGAUGAAGCACUGUUGACCUACAGAGGUAAAAUCCUGGUAAACAGUGAAAUGGGAAUCAGUCGCUCGGCUGUGCUGGUGGCUGCUUACCUGAUGAUCUUUCACCACAUGACCAUCUUAGAAGCCCUGAUGACUAUAAGGAAGAAGCGUGCCAUUUACCCCAAUGAUGGCUUUGUGAAACAGCUCAGGGAGCUCAAUGAGAAGCUGCUGGAGGAACGAGAGGAGGAAGAUGCUGGGGGUGAUGAUGACACAGCCAGCCAGAGUUCUGUCAUUGAAGCAGGGACCCAGUCCUUGCUGUCUGGAGUGGAGGUCUCUGAGAGUGUUAUGGGAGCCAAAGUGCACUCGAUCACGGUGGAAGAAGAGGAUACCACCAGCAUUCUGGGAAGUGUUAUGAGUUCUUCAUCCAUGGGAAAAUCUAGCUUGGUUUCCAAGCAGCCUACUCUCAUCAGUGAGGAGGAGGAGGAACAACUGUAUGAGGAAUGGAGACAGAAGCAAGGCCUGCCUGCAAGGGAACCACCAAAUCAAGAUGUGGAAAACAUACCUCCAAAACUUCCAGAUCAGGGAGGGGAAGAAUCUGAGGAGAAUGUGCAACAGAUGAUCCGAGAGUGGCAGAGUCGAAAUGCAAAAUAUGAAAAAGAAGGUUAUUGGCUAUCCAGGGAGGAGGAUGGAGCCUCUAACAAGGGAGAAAUGCCGUACCCUUCAAGUGAAUUGGGUGACACAGAGAGUGUGAGCAGCCUUGAUAUCCAAAUCUUGAAGCAACAACUGGAAGCCAGCAGCAUCAACAGGUUGAGGAGGGGUCGCACAGACUCUGUGUCUACAGAAAGCACCUGGGAUAUGUGGAACCAGAGACUGCUGGAGAUUGAGAAGGAAGCUGCUCACAGAUACCGUUCUGGGAAUAAAAGUGACAAUGACAACCCAGAACCAGGACCAGAAAGAACGGGCAGAGAUGUGGAUGAGGAGAGUGUUAUCUCAGACACCAGCUCCUUUUAUAACUUCUGCAAAAAGAACAAAGACAAACUGACCCCUCUUGAAAGGUGGAAGAUCAAGAGAAUCCAGUUUGGCUUUCACAAGAAGGAUGUAGACUCUUCUGUUCUUCCCAAGAUGGAAGAGGGAAGCCAACUAGGUGAGGAGGCAGCUGUCGCAGAAGAAGAGAGGGAUCUAUCGGAUGUUAGCCUGACAGCUUAUCAGGCCUGGAAAAUAAAACACCAGAAGAGGGUGGGCAGUGAGAACAAGGACGAUAUUGUGGAGUUUGCCAAGGGUGAAGAUUCUGCUUCAGCCAAAAGGAAGCAGAGGAGAGUGGAGCUACUUGAACAUUCAAAAAAGAUCCUGGAAGAAAGCCAGUCCCUAUGCGGCUGGGAGACAGAGAGCGCAAUGAGUGGGAGUAUCCCACUGUCAUCUCUUUGGCUCUCAGCACCUUCCAUAAAUGGUGUUGAGGAUUCAGCUUCUUUGCUGAGCAUGCAGAGCAACCAUUCAUCUUUAUCUCAGAACAAAAGCAGAGCUGGGGCUAUGCAACCCCAAAUGCCAGCCACACCUCUCCCCAACAUCUCAGUUGGUCCAAAUGCUGUGAUAUCCAUGGCCAGCAUUCAGAACUGGAUUGCCAAUGUGGUUAGUGAAACUAUUGCUCAGAAACAAAAUGAGAUAAUGAUGUUGUCCCGUCCGCCCUCCUCCUUGGCCUCCAGUGUGAAGUCAGGUGACCUUGGCAGAUGCCUUGAUGAUGACAAGGCCUCCCUUCACAGUGCACAGAGUGGCUUGUCUCUAGCAAGCUCUCUGCGCUGCCCGAGGGACGUGAAUGGUGUUGACACCCAGUCUGUUCUGUCUUCCAGUGCCUCAGUAAGUGAGAGGACAAGGGGAUCUAGCUCUAGCCUGAGGGUGACUCAAACAAGCAAGCCGCUGUACAGCCUCUUUGCAGAUGACAUUGACCUGAAAAAACUCAGCCGGAAGGAGAAGGAGAUGCAAAUGGAGAUGAGAGGGAAAAUGUCAGAUUAUCAAAUUGAAAAGCUUGUCAGAGACAACAAGCGUAGCACUUUAUUUAAGAAGAAGAAGGCCAAAGGAGAAGAUGAAGAAGAGAAAGUCGAAGAUGACAGAGUGAACACAAUAGGUGGCAUCCGGUACCCCUUCCAAACAGAUCCUGACAAAACUGAUACAGCUUCUUCUUACUCGGAUCAGUUUGCAAAUACUGGUGCCAUGAAUUCAGAGGUGGAGACCAAUAUUAAUAAGUGGCUCAGUGGCCUGAAAGAAGAAGGAAAUACAUCAUAUCAUGACCAUGCUGAAAAGGCUAAAGAGAAGUACAAUAGAUCAUCCACUCUCAGAGAGAUGAAUUCUGAAGCAUCCAGGUAUAGCUUCUCCAGAUCCCAAAGUGAAGAGGUGGACAGUUCUUCCUAUCUGUCCAAAGGUGAUUCACUGAGAACAACAUCAAGAUUUUCCUCUGCCUCUUCAAAGGAGGAUAAGGAGAUGUACAAGUUCACACGAAUGAAAGCCAGAGAGACAAUUUCUAGGGAAGAAAGCCCAGAGCCAUCCUAUGACUCUGAAUCCCCUGGAUCAUCAACGCAGAGUCGAGUCAGAUCCCGUCAUUUGGAAAAAUCUGAAGAGGAGUCUAGUUCCAACAUGUCAGAAUUUGGAGCAAAGAGAAAGUUUAUUCAGAGUUUUUCAAAGUCUGAAGAGGAUGGAGACAGAAAAGAGAAGGUGGAAGAAAGUGAAGAGAGGUUUGCAUCAAAGCAAUUUUCACGGUACAGACGAAGCACCCACAAGGAAGAAGAAGAAGAAAUGGAUGAUGAUGCCAUUAUUGCUGCCUGGAGAAGCCGACAAGAAGAAACUAAGGCAAAGCUCCGGCGAAGAAGAGAGGAAUGACUGAAGACAAAGUCAUAAAGACACCAUGAGGACUGAAGUGUUCGGCCCAGCAGGAGUCCCAGACACAAAUGUCUCAUCUGAAUAACUCAUCAUUAUAUUUAAGAUCAUCCUUCAUGAUUUUCAGGGCACUACCGAUGUCCUGCAGAAACUUUCUUCACCUUAAUUACCAGAAUAGGUCGAGGAAGGUUACCAAGAAGGCUAAGCAUUUGAAGUGGUUUUGGUUUGUCAAAAAGAAGACGCUUGUGCUAAAUCAUUAGCGUAGGUGUGAACAAAUCUUUAGGAGACAUUUGUAUCUGGAGAAUAUCUUAGUAACAAUAGCAGGUAAAGCUAUUCUGCCCUCUGGAACAGUACCCACCAGUCAAGAGUUUGGUCACAUCUUGUUUUGAUUAUUUCACUUUUCAGCAGUCAUUAAAGAGUCACUCUAGCAUUA